AAGGACGGCUGGCUCAAGAAGCAGCGCUCCAUCGUCAAGAACUGGCAGCAGCGGUACUUCGUGCUCAAGGGACAGCAGCUUUACUACUACAAGGAUGAGGAUGAUGUCAAGCCACAGGGCUGCCUGUCUCUCCAGGGAAGCACCAUCAAGGAGGUGGCCAGCAACCCAGAGGAAGGAGGGAAAUUCAUCUUUGAAAUCAUCCCCGGCUUCUCUGGAGAGCAGAGCCGGGCUGGGCAGGACACCUGUGUGCUCAUGGCUAAUUCCCAGUCUGAGAUGGAAGAAUGGGUUAAAUCCAUCCGACGGGUGCUGGGCUCUACAUCAGGAGCGGUGUUCGGGCAGUGCUUGGCAGACACCAUGGCCUAUGAGCAGAGGUUCGGGCAGCACCAGGUCCCCAUCCUGGUGCAGAAGUGUGCUGAGUUCAUCCGGGAGCACGGAGUGAGCGAGGAGGGCAUCUUCCGCCUCCCCGGCCAAGACAACCUGGUGAAGCAGCUCAGGGACGCCUUUGAUGCUGGGGAGAGACCAUCAUUUGACCGGGAUACAGAUGUUCACACCGUGGCCUCUCUGCUCAAGCUCUACCUGCGGGAGCUGCCGGAGCCAGUGGUGCCCUGGCUGCAGUAUGAGGAUUUCCUGCUGUGCGGGCAGGCGCUGGAUGCGGAUGAGAGGAAGGGCCAUCAGGAGCUCCUAAAGCAACUGUCCCUCCUUCCCAGAGACAACUACAACCUCCUCAGCUAUAUCUGCAGGUUUCUACACGAAAUCCAGUUGAAUUCUAGUGUCAACAAGAUGAGUGUGGAUAACCUGGCAACAGUGAUUGGAGUGAACCUCAUCAGACCUAAGAGAGAGGAUCCUGCCAUUAUUAUGAGAGGCACACCACAGAUCCAGAAGGUGAUGACUGUGCUGAUCAGUGACCACGCAAACCUCUUUCCUCCAUCCAAGGACAUGCCACCCUCCCCACCUGCCCAGAACAACGACAAGAAGGCACCCAUCCUCCGCAGCUCCGUGGGCUGGGGUGCUGCUGAGGACCCUGCGGUGGCCAGGGCAGACACACUGAUCCAAAGGCAAAUGAGAGAGGACCUGAAUUCCAGCACUGCCCCCGGACCAGCUGCAAGCUCAAGUGCACCCAGAGAAGAUAAAGGGUCCGAAGAUACACUAAGAAUGUGGAAAACACAGUCAAGGAAAAGAACUCAGACUUUACCCAACAGGAAACCUUCCCUGGCAGCUGCUUCCAUGGGGGAGAAAGGCAGCAAUGACAGGAAUGACUCAUUUGAGUGCUGGAAAGGCUCCCCUGGGAGCAGCGUGUGCCCCGUGGUCCCUGAGGGACACAAGAGAACGUUGUCUCAUGAUCUUUUUAAGCUGCUCGACCUUCACCGGGCUUCAACCUACGAUAACGUUCCCACCUCCCAGGCAGAGAGUGGGGAAGGCAGCGUCUCUGAGAAGGAAUUCCUGCCCUGCCCCAGUCCCAGCCAUGAGGCAAAGGACAGAGCCAGUGCCAGCAGCAGCCCUGCCGAAGUGCCCAAGCCUGCUGAGGAGAGCAGGGAGUUCCUGCAGAACAUGGUCCUGAAGCUCGAAAAAGAGAUGGAGCUACAGAAAAAAGACUACGAGGAGCAGAUUAAAAGUCUUGAGAAGAAAAACUGUGAAGUCUGGACCAAACUGCUGAGGCUGAAUCAGGACAUUGAGAAGGAGAAGAAGAAGUCUGAGGAACUGGAGCUGAAGUUGAUGAACGUGGAGCGCUCGUGGGAGGAGGCAGAGAAGAAAAACAAGAUGCUUGAGAAGGAGAUAAAAAACUUAGCUAAAUCCACAAGCAAAACUGAUGCUAAAACCAACUAG